AUGGUGUGGUAUCCAUCAGAUUUUGCUUUCCACCACGAUCACGAGAUUUAUGGGAAAACUGACAGCCGUUAUGUGCUGAUUGAUAAGACAAUGGCGACCGUCUGGAAAAUCUACACGCUGCCGGAGAAACAAGGGUCGGAGAUUCCCAUUAAUACCAGACAUUUCGAGCGCGAGAAGCAGCGAAACCUGGAGCUGCGUUGCAAACCUCACGAAAACCUCAUGCUGAUCAAGGAAGAAAAUAGGAUUCAAAAAUUCCGGUGUAAGGCUGACGGAAAGCAGUAUGGCGUGCUGAUAUUCGAUUUUCUGCCGUAUACCCUGGAGAAAGUUAUCUGGGAGCCGUCAAUAAAUUACACGGACGAUGGUGUGGCAACAUUGGCCUCCCAAAUGCUGUCGGGUAUCAGCCAUCUACACGAGCUGAAUAUUGCGCAUCGCGAUAUCAAGCCGGCAAACAUCUUCAUCGACAAGAAUGGAAUCGUGAAGAUCGCCGACUACAAUAUAUCCCUCAACGAAGGAUCCGGAUGCUUGGGCAGCGACACGGGAACUUUGCGAUAUAUGCACCCGCGACAGCUGUUCGAGAGCGAGUGCCAUCGUCAAGACGAUCUAUGGUCGCUUGGGGUUGUUUUGUGGGAGCUUGUUACCAGGGAGGAAUUUUAUCAAAAUGACCAGCUAAACGUUCCGCCACUCGGCGGGAACCAUUUCAUCCUAAAAAUAAUCGAAUAUUGCUGCCAGCCGAAAUCGACCGAACUGUGUGCGAAGCAAGCGAGUGAAAUGUUAAACGGAGCCUUGAGAAAGAAGGGGCGCAAGCUGUCCGCGAGUUUCCAGACAUUCGCUAGCGGCAGCCACGAAAUCCGCCCGCCAGUCGGGUUGGAAUCGGUCUACAUCAGCGAGACGCCAAUCUAUCGGGAGUUCAGAAAUCGCGGGCCAUCAUUCAGCAACCAGGCAACCGAGGCCGAUUUUGAUUUUGAGCAGUUCGACCCCGCCGCCCUUGCGCAGGAGCUCUAUGGCUAUGUACCAGAACGCAACGAAGAAAGGUGGAUGUUCGUAUCCCAUGCGCCCCGGAUCGUCCGGAAGUGGUUGAAGUGGUUC